AUGGUGUCUAGUGACCCAGAAAUCAAUCUGCUGAGCAUCGCUUGUAGCCAAUAUAAAGUUGGCAGCUUUCCCUUGUUUGCUGCAAACAUCAAUUCAAGCUUCUCUCAGCUCAGAGAUCAGCUCAAGAAUGGGGAGAACAAGUAUUUCGCAACAGUCCAGCAGCCUGCUGGGGAAGAGCCAGUCUACGCCAUUGUUCAGUGCAUGAAAUACUUAUCCACAGCUGAUUGUCUCGCCUGCUUCAAUGAUGCUUUUACCAGAAUCCUCAAUUGCUCUGCUGCCAGUGGCGCCCAUGUCAUACUUGAUGGUUGCUUCCUAAGCUGA